CUCACAAAGGUUUGUUAUAAGGUUUGGAACUUUCCCUUCUACAUGUUCGAGAAACUGAAUUUUCUAGACCUCUCAUAGAUACAUAGUUUAACAUUUGAAAUUAAUAUUUAAAGGGUGCUUUUAAAUCAGAAAGAUUCGAGAAUGUGUGUUUUGAAAUUGAGAAAUACGGGUUCAUGUUUUCUGAAAAUCUUGAAAUUUAUUUUUGGGAUUCCCUUUUCUAUCAGCAAUCAACAAAAGUCGGAGGAUUUUAACCAAGGCAUGGAUUCUUCGUUCGUUAUAUUAUUCUCUUGUCUUGCUGCGUCACUCAUCGUUAUUGUGGGGAUAUUUAGCAGUAAAAAAGAUGACGUUUCACGUACAGUGGUUUGGAUCCUUAUUACAGUGUUAGUAAGCAUUGCAACAAUAAACAUUUUUGUGAACUUUUUCUUAAUUUAUAGACAUCGAUCCCGAUGGAUUUCUUUAAGGAGACAAACUGAUGCCUCCUCCAAAAUGCAGCUUGGGUUUCUUUGGGCCUUCGCUCUCGGGUUGUUACUAAGAACAUCACUGACAAUAGGCACGAAUAUCAUAUGUAUCACUGUGGAUACUCUGACUAAGGACCUAGGAAGAAUUGUUACUUCGUCAGUAAUGGUCGUCUUUAUGUUAUCACAAAUUGCCUUUAUAACGUACAUGAAGAAUCUUAAAUUUUGUCGUUCAAUUUGGAUAAAUUAUUCCAUUGGUAUCAUCCUGCUGGCUAACGCAAGUAUUUGGUUUCAAUUUGCCACUCAAGGCACUGCAAAUAUCCUUCAUAAGCAUAGGAUAAAUUCCACCACUGUGAAUGCCGAUGUAAGGAAUACUAGUUUCAAUUACUGCUUUACACAUUCAAAAAUAUUCCAUUUCACCUCAACAUUGAGGCCGUUUCUGUUCCAGAUCUCUCUGGAUUUUCUUCUGCUGGCGACAUUAUUUAUACUUAAGACAUUGCCUACUUCGACAAUGUCCGAUACAUCAAGCAUGGAAAAUGUACAAAGCAUUGAUGAAUUACAAGCCACAGACACAGUUAACAAGAAAACAUGUGUUGUUUCUUUAGUGUGUGGUAUAAUUAUUCAAUUCCCUUUCAUUACAUUAGGAUUAAUCAUCCGAUUUGUACAUUUUGAAAACGUGACAACAUUACGUGAGAUAUAUCAAAUCACUGAUAUCAUACAGAAAGUCUUUAUGUUACUUAUGACCUUGGUUGCUUUUUUACGUAUUGGAGAAAGAAGUAAGGAAAGCCGUGAUUGGAAGCUGAGCUUUAGCGAUAUCACGCUCCUUUGCUGUUGGGUUGGGAAAAUUGUUAUUCAUACGUUUGGAUUUUUUGCAGCAACAAAUUGUCUUAGAUAUGAACUUCUUCUUGGAAGCAAGAGCUUAAUUUCCUUAUUAUUUUAUUUUUAUCAAACACUUUACAUUCUGAUAUCGAAAAGAUCAUCGGAGUCUUCUUUAAAGACAAACAAUAUGUCCGUGUUCAUUCAUAUUGUUUUAUUUACAUUGAAUAUAUCACAAUGGACGAUAACAAUAUUUAUCCUCACUAAUCAAGGAACUUAUGUUCUUAGUGAAGGCACCGAAUGUUUAUUCAUGAACAAAAAUGUUUGGGUUAUGUUACAGUAUGUUAUCAUUCCAUUUACACUUUACUAUGAUUUUCAGUCUGCUAUGUAUUUUGCCAGUAUAUUCCCCAAUUUUAAUCGUCCUUAG